GGUUAACAGUAGUCCAGUCUUUCAAAAGAUCAGUGAUCACAUGAUGUACUAGCAAACCUACAUACACAGUGGAAUAUAUCUACUGCUCCAUAAGAAAUCAUUUCAUCAUUUCUCUAAAGGUAUGAAGUAUUAUUAUUUUUCUUUCUCCAUCUCCAUAUAUUGUUGGAGUUGGAAAUUAAACCAAUUAUUAUAAUGUCUGGCGUAUGGAUAUUUGACAAGAAAGGUGUUGCCCAUUUGAUCAAAAAUCCUACUCGUGAGUCUUUCGAGCUAAAACAACCAACAUAUCCAGGCACAGGUACAGUCACUGCACCUGGGGCACGCCCUCGGGUGUUGGUGUACCUACCAGAGAAUGAGAUGAUAAGUUCCUAUGAAGAACUAGAGAAGAGACUCAUUGAACUCGGGUGGACCCGAUUCAACAACCCGAUGAAGACGGAUCUUCUGCAGUUUCAUAAAUCAGAUGAUUCUGCACAUCUCAUUUCACUUCCAAAGAGCUUUACAAACUUCAAAUCACACCAGAUGUAUGACAUUGUUGUCAAGAAUCCAUCGAUUUUUGAAGUCCGUGAUGUUAAAGUGUGUGAUCAUCUCAUCUGAAACUUAAAU